CAGAGGCGACACCUCAUCACUAUUAUAGCGGAUCAUCGGCAUGGCGGUGGGUACGACGGACACGAAUGGGCUAAGACGCCGCAACGUACAGGGCGAGAACCCGGCGGAUGAUGCGCCACGUGCAGCCACCACGCCACGACGCGCGCCGCGGCCUCAGAAGGGCUUUGUGGAUCUGCUCAUGUCUCCGCUGAGCUUCGUUCUAGGCGACGGAGAGCCCGAGGAUCCGCAGGCGGCGGCGCGUAACUUUGCGCACAGUCUACGUCGUCGCUACGGGGAGAAUGUGACGCCGCGCUUCGAACACACGUCGUUCCGAGACGCGGUGUCUACCGCCCGUACUGCCUCCAAGUUCCUGCUGGUGUUCCUACACUCGAACAUCCACGACGACGCCGACACGUUCUGUCGCAAGGCCAUGUGCACCCAGCGUAUGAGUGCGUAUCUUAACAACAGCGACUGCAUCGUGUCGUGGGCGGGCUGCGUACAGCAUGCGGAGGGUUUUGGCGUGAGUUUAUCCCUCGGAUGCGCCACCUUCCCGUUCCUAGCUCUACUGUCUUGUGUGUCCAGAGGGGUCAACGUGGUGGAGAAGAUCACAGCCAACUUGCCGGCGGACGAGAUUAUCGAAAAGCUGAAUGCAGCAGUGGAUCGCAACAACCAGAUUUUGACCACAGCGCGCCACAUCCGCCAGCAGCGGACCGAGACGCAGAUUUUGCGUGAACAGCAAGACCUCGAAUACCAGGAGUCGCUGGCAGCAGACCGUCGUCGUGAGCAAGAGGCUCGUGAACAGGCCGAACGGGAAGAGAAGGAGCGAUUGCGGGAGGAAGAAGAGGAGCGACGUGCAGAAGAAGAAGCGCGACGUCAAGACGAGGAGAACGCGCGUCGAGAAGAGCAGUACAAGGCUGAGAUUGAAGCCAAACGCUCUCAUAUCGCUGACGGCCCAAAGUCGCGCACGCCGCCGCCAGGCGCAGACUACAAGACGGCGGUGAUCAAGUUCCACCUGUACAACGGCACUCGUCUCGACCACAUUUUCUACGCGCACGACACGCUCAAGACCGUGCGCGACUUCAUCGACGUCGAGUUCUUCGACCGGAAGAUCACGAUCCGGAACUACGAGCUGGCUACCAACUUCCCGAAGAAAGUCUACGGUCCGGAGAUCCUGGACGUCACUCUAACUGACGCGGGUCUCGCGCCUCAGGCCUUUGUGUUUGUGCAAGAUCUCGACUCGUAGCUUGAAGUAAAAAAGAAACUCGCUGACAAAUGCUAAAUGAGUGAGUGAAAUCCUC